GUCAAACACAAAAUAAUGCAACUCAAAGUCUUAACUUCUAUAUUAGCUGCCCUCGCUCUAGCAAAGGCUGAUUUGUCUGGUUCUAGUGUUGUGGUGCCUCUUGACGAUUUACCUAGUGUUCCAAACACUAGUGACUAUUUUGAAGACAUCGGUGUUUGGUCAAUUGAUAACUCUGGUUCUGUCAACGAUGCUGCAGACAAGGUUAAAGCUGCCUCGGAUGCUGGUAACAAUGGUGAUCUUUUCUACUACUACAAUUUGGCUCAAUACAAUGGACAAGUUGACUCCCUUAAGUUUGAACAAGGUGGGGAUUUAGAGUCUGAAUUGGCAAUUGCUGUUCAAGCCCAUGGUCCUGGUUACCUUCAAGAAUUAUUCAAUACUACUACUAUUCCAGAGUUGGCCGAUUGGUUGGAUGGAUACCUCACUGGAAAGACCGAAUUACCAACUCCUCAGGCAGAAAAGAGAGCACACACCUCCUGUGGCGGAAGCCAUGUCCCAAGCUCGCAGGAUUGUCGUGAUUUAGUUAACAAACUCUAUAACCAACCUUUAUUUGUUCCUCGCUCUCCAAGAUCAAUCUGUUUCAGAUCGUGUUGUGUUUCCUGGAGUAACUCCUUCGCUGCCACUGGAGGAUAUUUAGCUCAAAAUGUUGAAGCUUGUGGCCAAAGUUGCACAUACCAAGGUAAAAGUUGUGAGAUUUACGAUGUACUCUUCAUCAAUACUCACACUAACAUCUGUGUGUCUAACAGGGCUUCUGGAUGUAACUAGAUUGUCACAUUCUAUUCUUAAUCUUGGUUUUCUAUCAAUUAUGAAUAUGAGAUAUUUUG